AUGGUCGUGGCUAAGAAGGUUGUCAAAACCCCCACCUAUGUCACAUAUUUGGUUGACUGCGAAGCCCCGGUAGCUGAUGGGCUCAUGUCUGCUGAAGACCUGCGUCAGUUCUUGCACGACAGAGUUAAAAUUGAUGGCAAGACCGGAAACUUCCAAAAGACCAACUAUCAGACUGGCGUGACCACCAGAUACUGCACCAUCUCUGCCCAGGGAAACAAGAUUGCCUUGGAAGCCAAGCUCCCCUUCAACAAGAGAUAUGUCAAGUUCUUGACUAAGAAGUAUCUUUGCCGCAACCAGAUCCGUGAUUUCAUCCGCGUCGUCAGCACCAACAAGAACGAGUUGGCCCUCAAGUACUACCAGCCCGUGAAGAAGUCCAUGGAGAACUAA